AUGACAACUGAGAGAACGCCAAAUAACGAACAAACUACUUUACUGGCGUUCUCCGAUGUUAUUCCCUCAACUACUCCAGAAGAAAGUCCACAUGAUUUGGAACCCGAAACCGAAUCACCUAAAUGUUUGCAAGAGACUUUAAAUGAAAACCCCUCCUUAACUUUAGAAAAUUUCAUAAAAAUGCUUUCGGAAAACUUCACAUCGAGAACUUUUUCGGAAACAAUGGAACCCACUUUUAAAGCUUUUGGAACAAUUUUUUCAAAAAUACCGCCGAUUCAUUUAAUCCUAUAUCUACUUUUAAUCUUUACUUGGAAUCAUUUACAAAGAUCACAUUUAAUAUUAUUAGUGCUUGGAUGCUUACUUGGCUACAUGCUUCAGAAUAAUUCAGCUGCAUCUAGCCGACCAAAAAAUUUCUUGUAUCAAGAACCGUAUAUACAGCAAAAUAUUGAGAGUUCUUUACAGGCUAUCAAGAGUGCCGAAAAAGUAACUUCAACAGAGCUUUCGAUAACGCCUCAAGUAGAUGAGGCACUAAAUAAGACAUUUGAUUUUAUUCUUCGAGAUUUUGUUAAUUCUUUUUAUGAUCCGAUAAAUCCAAAUAAAAAUCCUGAAUUUUCCAACCAAGUACGAAAUGCUAUGAAUAUCAUGUCAAUGAACUUGGCUUUGUGCCUUCAGAACAUAGACAAAGUAGAAGUAGGCAUUAUGUCAAGCUUUGCAAUUGCAAACACAUUCAUUAUCCAUCUGUUUAUUGCAACAAAUAAAUCUUUAGAAGUUUAUUGCGCACAAAAUCCAUCUUCACCAUUUGUACAUACUAUAAAUAAAGAAUCACAAGUACAGACUCUUCGUUGUUUGUCAAAAUUAAUAUUAAUGCGUCUUCUACCGUCAGAUGAAAUUAAAAGUCAUGUUCUGAUGGCAUUACUCACUGAACUAUGGACAACACAAGUUUUGGGAACUGCGCUUGAAAUGCUGUGUGACCCAGAUUGGCUAAAUCUGUCUAUUGUUGAGUAUUUGACAGAUAAAGAUGAUGAAACUCAUGAUACUACCUUACUUCAACAACUAGCAACUUCGAUUGAUGAGGAAGUAUCUGGUCUAUCCGAACAAUUAAACCAACCUUCCUCUGAUAUCAAAGUACCGGUGUUGAGUGUUCAAUCGUUAACAUCAUCACCUAUAUCAUAUCAGUCAAAUUUGCCACUUGAAACUUUCAAAGAGCAAACAAAUUCAUUAGUUGAGUCACUCACAGAGAUUUCUUCAGGCGCUACAAUUCAGUCCUCCUCCGAUAGCAAAUUACCGGUGUUGAACGUUCAAUCGAUAAAAUCGUCACCCAUAUCUUAUCAGUCAAAUUCGUCACUUGAUGCCAGCAUUGAAACUUUCAAAGAGCAAAAAAAUUCAUUAGUCGAGUCACUUACAGAGAUUCCUUCAAGCAUUACAAUUCAGUCUUCCUCUGAUAGCCAAGCGUCAGUGUUGAAUGUUCAAUCAAUAACAUCAUCAUCACCUAUAUCAUAUCAGUCAAAUUUGCCACUUGAAACUUUCAAAGAGCAAACAAAUUCAUUAGUUGAGUCACUCACAGAGAUUUCUUCAGGCGCUACAAUUCAGUCCUCCUCCGAUAGCAAAUUACCGGUGUUGAACGUUCAAUCGAUAAAAUCGUCACCCAUAUCUUAUCAGUCAAAUUCGUCACUUGAUGCCAGCAUUGAAACUUUCAAAGAGCAAAAAAAUUCAUUAGUCGAGUCACUUACAGAGAUUCCUUCAAGCAUUACAAUUCAGUCUUCCUCUGAUAGCCAAGCGUCAGUGUUGAAUGUUCAAUCAAUAACAUCAUCAUCACCUAUAUCAUAUCAGUUAAAUUCGCCACUUAAUGCUAACAUUGAAACUUUUGAGGAGCAAAACAAUUCAUUAGUUGAGUCACUUACAGAGAUUCCUUCAAGCGCUACAAUUCAGUCUUCUGCUAAUGACAAAGAACCAAUAUUGAACGAUCAAUCAUUAACAUCAUCACCUCAAUCAUCCCAAACUAAUUUACUUGAAUCUAAUCCUGAAACUUUUGAAGAGCCAAAAAGCUCCAUUGAAGUACCUAUGGAAACUCUUCCGGAUGUUACAAUUGAAGAUUUUACCGAUUCCCCGAAUUUCUCACCAUCUCGACCAUUCAUGCGUUCCGUGAAUUCAGAUAAGUUACGAAUUAUCCUUGAACGUCAGAAUGAAGUUUUUGUUGAAUUCAUGGCAUUUUUGGAAGAACGCGAAGCUGCAAAUUUACUUCGAUUUUGGCUCCAAGUUGACUCGUUCAGAAAAAUUGCAUCUGAUGAGCCAAAUAUAAAUUUGGUGCAAGAAGAUGCAUUGAAAAUUUUUAAUGUUUAUUUUGGAGAAUCUGCCACAUAUCCUGUAAAAAUAUCUAACGAUAUUAUAAUCAAUCAAUGUACACGAGAGAUAUUUAAUGCACCUACAUGUAAUUGCUAUGUAACUUUACAAGAAUACGUAUUUGGUGUGUUGGAAAGUGAAUAUUUUGAUGACUUUCUUAUGGUUAUGAAAAACCAAGGUGAAGAUAUAAAUUUUAUGUUUGUAGAGGAAUCUAAACAGAUAGCACAAUCGAGAAAUAAUUCCAGUUCUGCUUCGGAAAUAUCAAUAGAGGGAAAAUUUUUUAAACGACAUAAUACAACGGGUAAUUUAUCCCCUAUUUCAAAUAACUCGGAAUACUUGGAUUAUUCAUCAAGUUACGAUAAACAAUCGAACGGUCUGUUGACAAGCGCAACAUAUCGCUCCAGAUCAUAUUCAGCUGGAAGCUUGGUUGAUGCACUGAAUAAUUUUACAUCUUCAUUUACGAAGAGAAAUUCUUAUGCAUCUACAGAUGAGAUGACUGAUAGUGAUUCUGAAUCACCCCCAAUAAUACCUAAGAUUGAUCUUAGCGGAGUGAGAAUUAGGUUGACGGAUGUGUCCGAAUCAUCACCAAAUAAAUAUAUUUACUCAACUAAAUCUCUUUCCUAUAUGAUUGAGGUAGAGCGACCUGGUUCUACCGGAUGGAUAAUAACGCGAAAUUUUAGUGACUUUGAGAAAAUGCAUUCCGCUUUAACAAAAGAUUUUCCUAAAGCUGAAAAAGUCUCUAUGCCACGUUUAAUGUUAAAAAAGAGCCAAGCGGCCUGCAAAUCUUUGGAACGAUAUUUGAACAUUUUAUUAAGUGACCUAGCAUUAUGUGAGAGUGAACCACUUCAAAAAUUUAUGAGGAGAGAUGGCGUUCAAAAUGAGGGAUUGGUGAAAUCUGUUGGCAAAAAUGGUAUUGCAAAUUCAGCAAUAUCGGUUCCAAAAUCUGUAUCUAUGGUAAAUAUUGUAAAUUCUAGUGCUCAAGAUACUAUUAAUGAUAAAGUAAUUACACCACAAUUUGGUUCAGAGGAGUCUUUAUCACCGAAAAGAUAUUCUAGUAGUUCUUUUCAGGAACACUUAAAUAUUUCACCAAAUAUACUUACAGAAGUAAUCCAAGAGAUAUCUGAGGAAAUUUCUAACAACGAUACGCCUACUCAAAUGUUUUCUAAUGUCGUGAGUCCUAGUGUUGAAAGUACCAUUUCAACAUCUUGGGAUUCCAGCAAGACUGUUGUAACAACAUCAUCUAAUGAAAAUGACACAUCGAUUAUUAUAAAUAAUAAUAAAGAGCCAGAUUUGAAAGGGCUUAAUAUCCAUUGUAAUAUUACCACAUCAAAUUCUUUAAAAUCAACCAAAAUUCCCUUAAUUGGACCACCACCAACUCCUAAAAAACGAACUCGGCCGAAUAAGCAAGUUACCAGUCAUAAUGCAGACCUGCUUAUUGAUACUAUGUUUGCUAUUAUUGAAGAAAUAUUUGAUUUAUCAGAUAAAUCUCAAUGGCAUAUUAGAAAAACAGUUCUUUCUGUUUUACGAGGAGUUGUACGGAAAUCAUAUACAGAAGCAAUUAAACAAUCAUAUUUAUUGACGAUUGAUUCACUUUUCACAGAAGAAUAUGCAAUGUCAAUUAUUGAUAAUUUGAACAAUUCUCUUUGGCCGGAUGGCAUCUUAGCGGAUCUAACUCAGCAACGAAGUGAAGAAGAAAAAUUGCGAACCAAAGAGGAGGUUAAGCGAUUACUUUUGCAAAAAGCUAUACCUGAUUCGUUAAAACAAGUAAUGGGUAAUGACAAUUCUAAAAUUAUGAUUGGAAGGUUGGUUGAUGGAUUUUUGGCAGAGAAAGAAGUAUUAAGAGGGAUGGGUAUUAAUAUCUUAGAAAGUGUUGUUAAACUUAUUAUAAAUGACUGA